CUUCCGUUCCGAACAACGUAAGAAAUCGACGCUUUGCGGAUGGAUCGCAGGUUAUUUUCUCCAACUCCAACUACCAGAAUGAAGAAGAUAUGGCUCUCCCCUCUCCAGCAGUAGACGAUGCGCCGUUGCGGGGCGCGGGUGAACGCUGCCGCUGCCGCCGCCGGUACGACAGUCCUUCCGCGGAUUGCGGAUAUUGUGUCGCGAUUGUCGCGAAGGCUCCUGUGUCUACGGUGUGUCCUUAUAUCGUGGUUUCUGCGACGUCGAGAAUCCUUUGCGUCCACAGGUUUCGUGUCGGUGAUUCGCCGACCGUUUCGCCGGCUGGUUUUACGGACCUGUCCCGUACAAAACCCGUUUCAGGGUCGCGUUUGCCAUUUGCCAGUGCUCCCUUGUCCGCCGCUCGAGGCAGCGCUCCUGGCUUGUCGGACGUUUCACCGGUUUGUUUGCAAGUGCCCUCGAGGACCGACGACCUGUUUGUCGCGUGUGUGUUCACCCCUGAAAGGAUACUCGACGGGAGGAGGAUGACACGCCUGGAGAAGCUGCCCCAGGACACCAACCACGCCUGAGUCUUCUCGCCCGAGUCACCUUCCACGUGUCCCAUGAAGUCGACGGACGCGACCAGACGCGGGGAGCGAUCGUCGACAGUGAUCACCGACUCGAGGUCGUCCGAGCACAGUAUCGACCGGUGGUCCAGGUGAAUCGAGACCGGUACAGAGAGGAAUCGCGAUCCCGGGUCAAGCAGCAGCCGCCGCAGCAUGUACAAGAUCCUGAGGCGCGGCUCGAGCCGCGUGCUCGCCGUCUGCGCCGUCCUCCUCACGCUCCUGCUCUGCCUCUACUACGUCAGCCAGGCCCAGACCCCGUCCACGGGCCCCUCGGCCGCCAUCGUCAACGAGGAAGUCCGAUACGAUCGCGGGCCCACCUCGGUCGCGCCGGACUACGUCGAGUCCCCCGACUCCAAGGUCUCCCUCGACACCUGCCCCAUCGUCGUGCCCAGGAACGUCGACAUCGACACGCAGCAGGAGUUCGAGACCUUCGACUUUCAGCCAUCCUGGAUGAGAAGCAGAGAGUACUGGGACGACAGUUUCGAGCUGAGGUACGCCGAGCUCCGGAAGGAUCCGACCAGGCCACCGCUCAAGGUGAUCCUGGUGCCACACAGUCACACCGAUCCAGGAUGGUUGAAGACGUACGAGCAAUACUUCCACAGCUCCACCAGGAGCAUCCUGAACAACAUGGUCUCGAAGCUGCAGCAAUGGCCCAACAUGACGUUCAUCUGGAGCGAGGUGUCCUUCCUGUCGCUUUGGUGGGAGAGCGCUCAUCCCACCAAGAAGAUGGUGGUCAAGAGGCUGGUGAAGGACGGCAGGCUGGAGAUGACCACCGGAGGAUGGGUGAUGACCGACGAGGCCACUUCGCACAUCUACGCCAUGCUGGAUCAGUUGAUCGAAGGUCAUCAGUGGCUGAAGACGAACCUGGACGUGGUCCCAGAGUCCGGCUGGUCCGUGGACCCGUUCGGCCACGGGGGCACCAUCCCUUAUUUCCUGAAGGCGUCGGGAGCUUCCGGCACCGUGAUCCAGAGGAUCCAUUACGCGUGGAAGCAGUGGUUCGCGAAGAAACAAUACGGCGACUUCGUGUGGCUGCAACCGUGGGACCAGACCGGCGAGGCGGACAUGCUCACCCACAACCAGCCCUUCGACAUCUACAACAUCAAGCAUUCGUGCGGUCCUCACCCCCACGUCUGCCUCAACUUCGAUUUCCGGAAGAUCCGGGGCGAGUACACCGAGUACUCGGUCAGAGCGGUCGAGAUCACGCCCAACAACGUGAAGCCGAUGGCCGAGCUGCUUCUGGAACAGUACUCUCGCACGGGCUCCCUGUUCUCGCACAACGUCGUCCUGAUGCCCCUGGGAGAUGACUUUCGGUACGACCACGCGGUGGAGUGGGACCAGCAGUACACCAACUACAAGAUCCUGAUGGACUAUAUAAACAGUCGCCGGGAGGAGUACAACGCGGAGAUAGUGUUCGGCACGCCGAGGGAUUACUUCCGCGAGAUCAGAAAGCGCGUGGCGACGUUCCCGACGCUGCAGGGCGACUUCUUCGUCUACUCGGACAUCUUCAGCGAGGGCAGGCCGGCCUACUGGAGCGGCUACUUCACCACGAGACCGUACAUGAAGAUCCUGGACCGGGAGCUGGAGGCGAACCUCCGAUCGGCCGAGAUUCUGUACACGAUCGCGUUGAACGUGGCGAAGCAGUCCGGCAAGGACUUCGUGCUCUACGAGACCUACUUCGAGAAGCUGGUCAAGGCCAGGCGAAACCUGGGCCUGUUCCAGCACCACGACGCCAUUACAGGCACCUCGAAGUCGUUCGUCAUGAAGGAUUACGCUUUGAAGCUGUUCGAAUCGAUUUCCGAUACCACCAGCCUGCAGAGCUUCGUGAUCCAGUCGCUGGCCGGGACCACCACCAAACAAAACUCCGUCUACGUGUUGGCCGAGUCGGACAGGGACAGCUACGAGAAGCUGCCGAAGAAGAUACCGAUCGGUGUCACCGGUCAGGAGACCAAGAGGAUCGUUCUGUUCAAUCCUCUGGCGCAGCCGAGGCAGGAGGUGAUCAGCCUGAAGGUGACCUCCUACAAGAUCAGAGUGCUGGACCCGCGAAAGAAUCCGAUCCCCUAUCAGAUCGCUCCGGUGAUGAACGCCACGAGCAUCACCCACGACGUCUACGUGCUGCUGUUCGUGGUGGAGCUGAAGCCUCUGGCCGUGGUCACCUACCACCUGCAGCAGAUCGAGAAGGUGCCGGUCGAAGCGAUCUCGACGGUCUACUGCAGCCGUUGCGGCAAGGACAACGUGUUCCCCGUGAAGCCGAUGCAGGUGGGCGACGUUCAGCUCGAGAACCAGAGGAUGAAGCUGCUGUUCGACGGCCAGACCGGGUUCCUGAAGAGAGUCACCAAGAAACCGACCGGCAAGAUCAUGCAGUGCGCGAUACAGUUCGCCGCGUACACGUCCGCGCAGUUCCAUAGCGGCGCGUACCUCUUCAUGCCGGACCCGAAUCUCCGAGACACCGACAAGGACGUGCUCGAGGCUUACACGCCCCACCAGAAGAUCUACAUCGUCAGCGGCACCCUGAGCUCCCGGCUGACCGUCGAAUACGGUAAACUGUUGACUCACCAUGUGGCCAUUUAUCACAGGGACGGCGGACUGGCGGAGGCUAUAUACCUGAGGAACAUCGUCGACUUCGAGACCCCGCCGAAAAACCGAGAAACGGAGAUGUUCAUGCGGCUGCAGACGGAUAUACUGAACGGCGACCCGCCGGAGUUCUUCACCGAUCUGAACGGCCACCAGAUGAUCAAGCGCACCAAGAUCGAGAGAAUCGGCAUAGAGGGCAACUACUUCCCCAUCACCACCAUGGCCUACAUCGAGGACACCAGCCACAGGCUGACCCUGCUGGUGAACCACUGCCAAGGAGCUGCCAGCUAUCAGCCCGGAUGGCUCGAGGUGAUGCUCGACAGAAGGACCCUGUACGACGAUUCGCGGGGAAUGGGCGAAGGCUUGCUGGACAACCGCAGGACCGUGAUCAAGCACUGGCUGUUGCUCGAGGACAUCGCUGCCGGCGAGAAGGAGAAGCACUCGAAGCCCUCCUUGUUCGCCAACCACCUGAGCAACGCGCUCAACUACCCGGUGAACAUGUUCGUGGUGGACGGGACCGAGGCCGAGAUCGGCAUGGCCCCGGAGGUCCGGCUGCUCAGCCAGAGCUUCCCGUGCGACCUUCACCUUCUGAACCUGAGGACCAAUCACGACCAGAAGCUGCCGAACUUUCCGGUGAACAGCGCGCUGAUGGUGCUGCACAGACAGGGCUACAGCUGCUCCGUCGGCGUCGACGUCGCCUUGAAACACUGUCCCAUGUCGGACAAGAUCACCCAGGGAACGUCGUUCUUCAAGCUGGCCAACCUGAACGUCACCCAGACCACACUGACCGGAACCAAGACAUUGCAGAGAUUGAACGACGGUCUGCAGGAGGUCGGCCUCAAGGCCAUGGAAGUGGGCACCUUCAACGUGAACUUUGUUCAAUGAUCUUAAACCCUCUUCUCGGGGCUGGACGCGCCGGGAAUCGUCGGGUCAAGCUGACGGCGAUGCGCAUCGGCUGCACGCUGCUACGAGCACACUGCCCCCCCCCCCCUUUCUCGUCUCUAUCACCUGGCAGAACGAUUCAUUUUUUAAAUUCUCAUUCGACCGCGCAGCUCUCUGCGCGUACAUCGCGGUUCGUCUACUAAAAUGAAUGCACGGAUGCUGGAACGAAGUCGCAGAGAUCCACGGUCCGUCGAUCAUUGUAACACUCUUUUUCUAUAUUGUUACGUGUAAAUAGCGUAUAAACGACACACUGUACAUACAGUUUACUACUGUGCUCUACGCCCUCGUUUUCGGUUUCCCUAGGUUGGCGACAACGACGGAGAGCUCGGGGGCGGGGGGAGAGAGAGGGAGAGAGAGAGAGAGAGAGGGUCCCACAGAGACGAGAAACCGUGCUCGCUGUCCUCCAACUCGAUGUGCUGUUGUCUCGCGUGGCCUCCGAUACUUCGCUCGGCUCGACGAAAUCGUUCAAACGUUUCUCUGCCCACCAACUCUAGCCGUCUGUCGACUGCUGUUUGUCAAUUAUCAUUCGUAGACACAUCUUACACCGCCGUGGUGAGAGUCGAGCGUCGAAGGACCCGUGGUUACACAUAGACUGAGAAAAUCAAACGCGAUCCAAGUGCUGCAUUUAGAGGCUCUUGAACCUGUACAAAGCCGUAGAACGUCUGUCCCAUGAAGAUGAAGGAGAAUACUGCAAACGUGAUUCGCUGGGAAUGGAUCAUUUGACUCGAUUACAGAGCGUCGGCUGAGAAUAGUUCGUGCAAAGAGGGUACGAGAGUCGGACGUGUCAGGUUCGAGUGUCGCGGAGACCUCCGGAUGGUUUGCGACCAUCUGGAUCGAGUGAAAUGGACCAUCCUGCGGACGAUACACGCCUGUCUCGGCUAAAUGGCGUCACUCGACUAUUUGAGAACGUACCGCGGAACAAACUCGCACCGUUUCUACAACCAGAUGCAUGUUCGGAUGAUACCGCGUUUGACAGAGGCACCCUACAAAACAUAUAUACAUAUACAUGAAAUAUAUUGUACAUAUCAAACCACAACCUUUAUCUUAGACAGUAUAUUGUGAUAGGGGGAUACAAAAUGUAAAUGGUAUACACCUAUUUUCAUA